AUGAAGAGCACCUUAGGCAAAGGUCGCACGGAAGAUGCGCCCUUGGUGCUGGCUGCGACGAAGUCGAUCAUCGGACACACCGAAGGUUCUGCGGGUGUUGCCGGCCUUAUCAAGAUGAUUGGUGAGUUCAACUACAGGAUCGUGCCGAAGAACCUGCACUUGAAAAAGAUGAACCCCAACAUCGACUUAACCGACUUCCCUGUCAUCAUGCCGAGCAGUAUUAUUGACUGGAAGGGAUCCCGGGCAGUUGCAGGCACAUCUUCCUUCGGAUUCUCUGGCACAAACAGCCACGGCACCUUGGAAGCUCCAGGUGGAGGAGACGGAAAGAACGUGGUCUUGGAGCGCCCCGAGAAGCUGAACUGGAAUCGAACCUAUCACCGGAUGUACCACGACUGGUCUCAGGGCCUCUGGUUUGCCACUGAGUGGCGUGCCGCGCCCCUUCCGUCUGCCAAGUCCGAAUCCGGCCCGUGCCUGGUGAUCGGCGGUGGUGCCUUUGGUGAUGAGUUGAAGAAGCUGAUGGAGACCAGCUCCGUGCCGGCGAAGGCAGAUGAGCUGGAGGCCAAGAUUCAAGGCAAUGCCUGGAAGGCCGUAAUCUUUGCCGAGACCCUGGUGGCAGAGGAUCCGACCGCGGAGGGCCCCGCAAUGGCGGCCCUGCUCAGCGCGGCCCAAGCUGCCGCGAUGUCUCCCCAGAUGCGCUUCGUCGUGCUCACUGCAGGGGCUCAGGAGGCGGAGGCUUCCGGUGAGGGCAUAGGACGUGGCCUCCUGGGAGCGGCAGCCUGGGGCUUCAUGCGCUCCAUGCCGCUGGAAGCGCCGAAGCUCCAAGCCCAGGUAAUCGAUCUGACGGGGCCUCAGCUUCUCCCUCUUUCCGUCCCUAGUUUCUUCUUCUUGAAGUUUUCCGGCCAUCCCAACAUUGUGUUGCAGCUUCUUCCAUUUGAGGCCGUGCUCGUACGGCAGCUCCCUGACUUCCUGGGUGCAGAGCAUUGCAGAUGA